AUGCGGGCGUCUAUGCCGCGGCAUCUCCCUUUCUUCCUAUACUCCAUCCUAGCCAUCUUACUCGUCUCGUUUGGCAAUGCAGCAGAACAAGAGCAACUGCGAGGAUCCGCUAGUACUGCCCCCAAGCGGGUGGCAAUAAUCGGCGCGGGAGCCGGAGGCUCGUUUGCUGCGUAUCAACUGCGCAAGCUCGCAGAUGAAGGCAACAUACCUGUCGAUAUCACAGUCUAUGAGCGUGAAUCAUAUAUCGGCGGCCGCUCAACAACAGUCAAUGUAUUCAACGACCCAGCGUACCCUAUUGAACUGGGCGCUUCCAUCUUUGUCCAGGUCAAUUACAACCUGGUCAACGCUUCCCGUGACCUUGGUCUGACGGUCAGUAGUGCUGACUAUGCACGACCCAAGGAGGCCGAGGAGAGCAUCGGAAUCUGGGAUGGGAGCCAGUUUGUUUUCACGUUGAAGAAUUCGUAUAGCUGGUGGAAUAUCGGCCGGCUCUUCUGGCGGUACGGACUGGCGCCACUGCGUACCCAGAAUCUGAUGAAGAGUGUUGUUGGCAGGUUUCUUCGCCUUUAUGAAGAGCCCUUAUUCCCUUUCAGCUCUCUUACUGAAGCGGCUGUUGCGGCUGACUUGAUCAAUGCUACUGUGUCUCCGGGCGAUGUGUUUCUCCAGACAAAUAGCAUCGACUCGUUGUUUGCAAGGGAGAUUAUUCAAGCAAGUACUCGAGUGAACUAUGGGCAGAAUCUACGGCUGAUCCAUGGCUUGGAAUCUAUCGUCUGUAUGGCUACGGAUGGAGCGGUUUCUAUCGAGGGCGGAAAUUGGCUCAUUUUCGAUGGUGCGCUGAGAGCCUCCGGAGCGAAUAUCAAAGUGAAUACCACUGCCACUAAGAUUUCGCGCAAUGAUGAUGGGACUGUGAGGGUCUCCUCAAAGCUGAACACCGCUACCGACUCAGAGCAUGAAAUAUUCGAUGAAGUUGUCAUUGCCGGUCCUUUGCAGUACUCAGGUAUUUCCGUCUCCCCUCCCCUGGAGUACACCCCGGAUGAGAUUCCAUAUGUGAAUCUGCACGUUACGCUAUUUGCAUCCCCACACCGCAUCUCACCAAAGUAUUUUGGCCUGAAGGAUUCGAAUGCUCGAGCGCCUGAGACUAUUCUGACCACUCUGCCCGAGGGCCUUGAUCUGGGUUCCAACCCAGAUGGUGUUGGGCCCAGCGGCUUCUGGAGUAUUAGUACACUCCGAACAGUGAAAUCGGAAGAAGAUAAACAGCAACAUUACGUUUACAAAAUCUUCUCGCCAGAGCGGCCCACAGCUGAAUUCAUUACCCAGAUUCUGGGGCUGGAGAGUGAGACUGUGGGGAGCAAUACAACCAUUGGAGACCUUUCGAUAGGUGAUAUCAGCUGGUUCCAUGAGAAGCUAUGGAACCCAUAUCCUCUUUUGUAUCCGCGAGUGACAUUUGAAGAGACUCUUCUGGCUCCGGGUGUGUGGUACACAGGUGGCAUCGAGAGCUUUAUCUCGACAAUGGAGACCAGUGCGCUGAUGGGCCGGAACGUGGCAACUCUUAUGUUCCAGUCGUGGCAGAAGCAAGGAGAUCAGACAGAUGGUGGUGCCUCGUCUUGGGAUAAAGAGCUCUAA